AACCCUGGCAACAACCUCCACGUCUCCGGGCUGGCUACCCGCGUUGACACUCGCGAUCUCGAGGCCGCCUUUGGAAAAAUUGGCCGGGUCCAGAAAGCCUCGGUCAUGCUUGACCCGCAUACCCGCGAGUCGCGCGGUUUCGGUUUCGUUACAAUGGAAACGGCUGAGGAGGCAGAUGCCGCCAUUACGGCACUCAACGCUGUCGAAUUCAUGGGCAAGGUUAUGAAUGUUGAAAAGGUUUGUGUUCUCGUGUUCUUGCUGCCGACGCCACCACUCAUAAUUUUUGUGUUCUGGUUAUGUUCUCAGGCCCGUCGUGGCCGUGCUCGUACUCCUACGCCGGGUAGGUACUACGGACCACCGAAACGUCACGAGCGUGAGUACUAA